UAGAGGGCAUCUGGUGUGGCCGUGGUCUUAUCUUUUGACCCGAUUGUGCACGUCAGGCGCAAUCGUCGGGGACAAUGAGGUAACAGGUGCUGAGAAGACCCUCCUGAGGACCCAGCCUCUGCCUGUACAACUAAGGCAAACUCGGGCCGUUCUCUCUGACGGAGACCCUUGAACGUGUGAGCAAUGCCUCCAGGCCGGUGGUAUGCUGCCCAUCCAGGGACCCGGGCCCAGGCCUCAAGGGAGCGAGGACACCUUCAGGUGGUCAAGAAGGAGAAGGAGGGUGAGGGCUACCCUUCAGUGCAGGCGGCCAGGCCCCAGACGCUCAACCGUUCUGGCCAGGAGCUCUUCCGCCAGCUCUUCAGGCAGCUUCGCUACCACGAGUCUUCUGGGCCGCAGGAUACUCUGAGCCGACUCCGGGAGCUCUGCCGCUGGUGGCUGAGGCCCGAUGUCCUCUCUAAGGCCCAGAUCCUGGAGCUGCUGGUGCUGGAGCAGUUCCUGAGCAUCCUGCCAGGGGAGCUCCGCACCUGGGUGCAGCUGCAUCGGCCCGGCAGUGGGGAGGAGGCCGUGGCCCUGCUGGAGGAGCUGCAGAGGGACCUUGCUGGGACACUGCAGAGGGACUCAGCCCCGGCCCAGAGCCCAGAUGUACGUUGGAUGGGUACAGGAGCCCUGCAAGCCACACAGAUCUGGCCCCUUGCUUCACCUGUCAGGAGCGGCUCUGCUCUGGGGGACCACCUGGAGCCCCCCUGUGAAAUAGGAGUGCGUGCCAACCUGGCUGGGCAAUCCGAUCCUCCUGCUGCCCAGGAGCCUGCCCUUCCCCAGAGCGGGGGCUACCCAGGCGAUGGGGCGAAGGCAGCCAGACUCCUGACCGACCAGCCCCAGGAGGUGGUGACUUUCAAGGAUGUGGAGGUGACCUUCUUCCAGGAUGAGUGGGAGUGGCUGGACCCUGUCAAGAGGAACCUGUAUAGGGAUGUGAUGCUGGAGAAUUACAGGAACGUGGUUUCUCUGGUAGGACCACUGCCCAAACCUGCUUUGAUCUCCUGGCUGGAGGGAAGGGAGCCCUGGGGCUUGAAUGGCCAGGGAGCUCAGCAGAGAGAGAGACCAGGUGCAGCCUCUGCAGGAGAUGAGCACCUGAGUAAGACAAACAUGUUCAUCUUAAAACGUGACCCUUUGGAAGCAGAAACCUUGAGUGUGCAGUCAGGAUGCUCUGAGAUGAGUGUUUCUGAGGAGGGAACAGACCUUCAAGAAUCCUGUGGCCAGAAGAGAGAGUUAGAGGAGCCUGGGGGAGCCCCCCAGCCAAUGAGAAGUAAGAAAGAAGAGACAAGUUUGAGCCCUAGGAUGGGGAAAGAGCCCGAGGAAUCAAGAGGAAGUGAUAGUCUUGACCUAAAACAUCUGGCGUGUUUGAGAGUUCCUGGAAGGAAGCCAUCUCUUAGACGUGGCCAUGGCAGACACUUCAGACACAGCACAAACCAGCACAACCGCAGGGAACAUGGAAAAGGUCUCCAGCUCAUGGACGGCGGAGCCGGCCUGCCUCAGAGACAUCACGCAGCACCGAAAGGAGAUCAAAAGGACAUGGGUGGGGAAGAAAGCAGCCUUGGCUCUCACCACCAGCCCGGACAGAGUCCUCCCAUGGCUGCUGAGCCCCCAUUUAAGUGCAACGAAUGUGAGAGGACCUUCAGCCAUAGGUCCCAUCUCGAAUACCAUCAGAGACUUCACACCCAAGAGAAACCAUUUAAAUGCAGGGUGUGUGGGAAAGCCUUUAGGUGGAAUUCAAACUGUAUACGACAUGAAAAAAUCCACACUGGACUUAAACCGUAUAAAUGCAGUGUUUGUGAGAAAGCUUUCCAACGCAGGUCAGCUUACCGUGUGCACUUGGAAACCCACACUGAGCAGGCAUGUCUGGAUUCUAAUCAGAAUGAAGAGGCUUUCACGAAUUAUGACUCGGAAUUUGAUCAUCAUUUGAGAAAUCACAGUCGGAAGAAACCCUUUGACUGCAGCCAGUGUAGGAAAUCCUUCCACUGUAAAUCGUAUGUUCUUGAACACCAAAAGAUUCACACCCAGGAGAAACCCUAUGUGUGUACCAAAUGUCGGAAGACGUUUCGGUGGAGGUCAAACUUUACUCGUCACAUGCGAUUGCACAAGGAGAAAAAGUUGUACGAACAAGAGAAAUACGGCCAGCCCCAAGGGCUUCCCACCGAGGACAAAAGUUAUGUGUGUCAGUAUUGUGGGAAAACCUUCUCUCGAAAGCAGUCCCUCAUUGACCAUCAGAGAAUUCACACAGGCGAAAAACCAUACAAGUGCAGUGAAUGUGGGAAGGCGUUUGCCCACAGGUCAAACUAUUUUGUUCAUAAGAAGCACCACGCCAGUGACAGAAAAACUAAGGAGGACCCACUGUUUAGUCAGGCUCGGGAGUCCCAGGCGUCUCAGAGCAGCCACUCCGCAGAGAAAGGCUACAAAUGUAGCCAGUGUGACAAAACCUUCCCUAAUCUCUCAUUCCUGCUCAUCCACCUGAGACUCCACACCAGAGAGAAGCCUUAUCAGUGCAGAGAAUGUGGGAAAGCCUUCAGAUGGAGUUCCAACCUCUCCCGACAUCAGAGGAGUCACUCUUUCAGAAAACAUUACCAAUACCACAAGCGUGAAAGAAAUCCAGAUCUGCAAAGAAAUCCAGAUCUGCAGCCAAAAACCCUCCUCCCUGGUGAGAAACCUUUUUGGUGUCAAGAAUGUGGGAAAAGCUUUACUCGUAAAAGAACUCUGUUGGAUCAUAAAGGGAUUCACAGUGGAGAGAAGCGCUAUAAAUGUAACCUGUGUGGGAAAUCUUAUGAUCGAAAUUAUCGCCUUGUUAAUCAUCAGAGAGUCCACAGUAAAGAGAAGCCUUUUAGAUGUCAGUGGUGUGGGAAAGACUUCAUUGACAGACACACGCUGUGUGCUCACGAAAGAAAACACACCAGAGCCGUGCAGUCUGGGUUGUCCUCCCCGCCGAGCCCAGGAUUCAAACACAGUGAGGCAAAGCCCCUUGAAGAUCGUGAGGAACCUCUUGGCCAGAGCCUCAGGCCCACGGUGCUCCAGAUGAUGCCGACUGGGGGAAAGUGCCACAAGUGUAACAUAUGUGGGAAAUCAUUUAAGAAAGGGUCACAACUCAUCAGCCACAAGAGAUUUCACACCCGGGAGAGACCAUUCAAAUGCAGGGUGUGCGGGAAGACCUUCAGGUGGUCUUCCAAUUUGGCUCGGCAUAUGAAAAACCACCCCAGAGACUAGCCUGGGGGCCUGGCAGUGUUGGGGGAGGGGCUGUCCUCAUUGCUCCUGCUGGAAACCCCUUAGUUCAGCAGUUCUCCACCUGUGGGUUGGGACCCCUUUGGGGAUUGAACGACCCUUUCACAGGGGUUGCCUGAUUUAUAA